AUGCAGGGCUGGGACCUACGUCAGACAUCAGUGGCAGCAACACCACCAGCAACAGAGGCCCUUCGACCACCAACGCUCUCGCCAGAGGCCUCAGCGAUGCCGAAACCCAAAUGGCAGGACGAACAUGCCUCCCAACAACAAGUUUCUGAGUGUGCGAGAGAAUGGAACCACAAAAAUAAGCCAGAAGUGGAGAGAGUGUGUGAGAAACACAAGGAGGGUUUUCAAAUCUUCUGCCAAGAAGACCAAAUCCCCAUUUGCGUGGUUUGCCACUCAUCCCAAGAACACAAAGACCACACCGUGGUUCCCAUAGAGGAAGCUGCAAAGGCUUACCAGAAACAGCUAGAAACUGAGAAGCAGAAAAUUGUGUCUGAGUUUGAGCAACUGUCCAACUUUCUGAAGGAACAAGAGCGACUCCUGCUGGGCAUCAAAGGUGCCUUGCACAGCGUGACUCUGGAUCCAGACACGGCCCAUCCCCAGCUUGUCGUGUCGGAGGAUCGGAGACGUGUGAGAUGGGAAUGCAAAUGGCAGUCACUGCCUGACACCCCGGAGAGAUUUGACCCUGAGCGCUGUGUGCUGGGCCGUGAGGCCUUUACCUCGGGGAGACAUUACUGGGAGGUGGAGGUGAAUGUGGAGCGACAGGGACGCUGGGGCUUGGGGGUGGCCAGGGAGCCUGUGAGCAGGAAGGGGAAGGUUAGAUUUAGCCCUGAGCAGGGGGUCUGGGCUGUGGAGGGCGAAUGGGAUCGGUGCUGGGCUUGCACAGCCCCUGGGCAAGGCACCACAUUACCCCAGGGCAGGAUGCCCCGCAGGAUCCGGGUGUAUCUGGACUGCGAAGGGGGGCGGGUGGCAUUUUACGAUGCUGGUAGCGUGGAAUCGAUCUUCACGUUCCCGCCGGCCCCUUUCGCCGGGGAGAGAAUCCGCCCGAUCUUCCGCUGUCUGGGCUACAAGGAUUCCGAUUCGUACUUACCCUGCCAGCUCUCCCUGUGCCCCUGAGCUGCCCCCUCUGCCCCCAGGAAACA